AUGGCUGAGCGGGUGCUGGUCGUCGGCAGCGGGGGCAGGGAGCACGCCCUGGCCUGGAAGCUGGCACAGUCCCCCCAUGUCAAACACGUGUUUGUGGCUCCGGGAAACGCAGGCACGGCUGGCAACGGGAAAAUCUCCAAUUCAGCUGUAUUAGUGAGCAAUCACACUAUUGUCACCCAGUUCUGCAAAGAUCACAACAUUGGGCUUGUGGUAGUCGGCCCAGAAGCUCUUCUGGCAGCUGGCAUCGUGGAUGACCUGAGGGCAGCAGGAGUUCGGUGCUUCGGGCCCUGGGCCAGGGCAGCCCAGCUGGCCUCCAACAGCAGCUCCAGCAAAGCCUUCCUGGAGCGCCACGGGCUCCCCACGGCACGCUGGAGAGCCUUCAGCACCGCCCAGGAGGCCUGCAGGUUCAUCACCAGCACAGACUUCCCUGCACGGGUGGUGCGGGCGCGGGGACCAGCGGCCAGGAAGGAGGUGACCAUUGCAGCCAGCAAGGAGGAGGCCUGCAGAGCUGUCCAGGAGAUCAUGCAGGACAGAAUGUUUGGAGAGAUGGUUGUUAUUGAAGAACUGCUUCAAGGGGAAGAACUUUCUUGCUCCUGCUUCACCGACGGUGUCACCGUGGCCUCCAUGCCCCCGGCUCAGCCCCACAAGCGGCUGCUGGACGGGGAGCGGGGUCCCACCACGGCGGGGAUGGGCGCCUGUUGCCCCGUGCCCCAGGUUCCAGAGGCUCUUCUAGAGCAAAUCAGGGGUGCAAUCCUCCAGCACCUCGUGGACAGCUUGAGACAAGAAGGAGCAGCCUACGUAGGUGUGCUGCAAACAGGUUUGAUGCUGACCAAGGAGGGGGUGAAGGUUUUAAACUUUAAAUGCCAGUUUGGGGAUCCCCAGUGUCAGGUAAUUCUCCCUCUGCUUAAAAAUGAUUUUUAUGAAGUGAUUCAAGCAACAAUUGAUGGCAAACUGUGCAGCUGCAUGCCAGCCUGGCUGGAGAACAGAACUGCUGUGUGUGUGGUCAUGGCCAGCCCAGGGUACCCAGGAGACUCUGACAAAGGCUUGGAGGUGACAGGGCUUGUGCAGGCCGAGGAGCUGGGGCUGCAGGUGUUCCACGGGGGCACAGCGCUGAAGGACGGCAGGGUGGUGACCAGUGGUGGCAGAGUCCUGUCUGUCACUGCUGUCCGGCAGGACCUGAUGGAAGCCCUGGGAGAAGCCAACAGGGGUGUGGCCACCAUCCACUUCCAGGGGGCCACCUUCAGGAGGGACAUCGGGCACCGGGGCCUGCGGCUGCUGCGCCAGCCCCUGGCCCUGAUGUACAAGGACAGACACGUGGGAGCUGGAGCCAGGGAGGCUUUGAGCUGUCUGCCACAAACAUCAGCUGUGAGAGGCACCAGGGCAGGUAAUGCACCGGGUUCUGUCUUCCACGUUGCCCAGGUCUGUAAAAGACACGACACCAUCGGGCAGGACCUGGUGGCCAUGUGUGUCAAUGACAUCCUGGCCCAGGGGGCUGAGCCCCUCUUCUUCCUCAGCCACUUGGCCUGUGGCAAACUCGAUGCUGAAGUGAUGGAAACCAUCAAAGAAGGAAUAGCUGAGGCUUGCAGGAGUGCAGGGUGUGCUUUCCUGGGAGAUGUUUUGCUGACCCCAGGGAAGAUGUUCAGCCCAGCUCUGCUGCCCGUCCUUCGCUCAGGCCACGUGAAGGGCUUUGCCCCCACGGCCGAGGGGCUCCUGGGGGGCAUCUCCAGGCUCCUGCCCGAGCACGUCAGCGCCGUCCUGGAUGCUCUCAGCUGGAAGAUCCCUGAAAUCUUUGGCUGGCUCUACAAGGAGGGGAACCUCUCUGCAGAGGAGAUGGCUCAGACCCUUCCCUGUGGGAUCGGGGCCGUCUUGGUCGUGCAGAAGGAGCUGGCCCAGCACGUUCUCCAGGACAUCCAGAGGCAGCAGGAGGCCUGGCUGAUUGGGAAGGUGGUUGCCCCUUGUGACACAGGUUCUCACAUUGUAGUGGAGAAUCUUGCAGAGGCCCUGCAGCUGAGCAGCCCCCAGCAGCUGCUGGAUGCCAGCACUGCUGAGAUCCAGCCCCAGCCCAGGAAGAGAAAGGUGAAGGUGGCUGUUCUUGUCUCUGGAGCAGGCACGGCCCUGCCUGCGCUCAUCGGCUCGGCCCGGGAGCCGGGCAGCUGUGCCCAGCUGGUGCUGGUCAUCUCCAACAGACCCGGCGUGCAGGAGCUGCGCAGCGCCGCCCGCGCCGGGAUCCCCACCAGGGUGAUUGAUCACAAACUGUACGGGAGCCGCUCGGAAUUCGACAGCACCAUUGACCGAGUCCUGGAGGAAUUCUCUGUGGAGCUGAUCUGUCUGUCAGGGUUCAUGAGAGUUUUGUCCAGCCCUUUUCUCCGAAAAUGGAAAGGGAAAAUUUUGAAUGCUUCUCCAUCACUUUUUCCACUCAUCAAGGAUGGGAAUGCCCAGCAAGAGCCCCUGGAAAGUGGGUUCAAUAUCACAGGCUGCACUGUGCAUUUUGUCCUGGAGGAGCCGGGCGCCGGCGCCGCGAUCCGCCGGGAGCCGCUGCCCGCGGGGCCGGGGGACACGGAGGCGGCGCUGGGCGAGCGGCUGCAGCAGGCCGAGCUCAGGGCCUUCCCCCUGGCCCUGCAGCUCGUGGCCAGCGGGGCCGCCUGGCUGGGAGCCCACGGAAGAACGUGCUGGAGGCGGGAGAGCCGGAGGCUGAGCCCGGACGAGGAGCAGGGAGCAGGAGCGGCCUCUCCCGCUGCCGAGGAGCCCCCGGAACGCGAGGGCCUCUGGGCCGCUCCCUGA